AUGCUCGCCGAACUGGACAUCGCGCCAAAGCUCCUGACCAUCACAGGGGACAAUGCCGGCAAUAACGGGACGCUCUGCGAUAGCCUGCAGGACCGGCUCCUCAAGAAGUAUGAUAAUGACGAUGACCGGUUUUGCAUUAGGCCUCUAAUACGAUUCCGCAGUCGAGAGAGCUUCAUUCAUUGCCUUACCCAUAUGCUUAAUCUGAUUUGCAAAGAUGUUUUAGCUUCGUUAAGGGCUGGUUCGGCUCGAGAAGUAAAGGCGAUACUAGAUGACAUGGCCAUUCGUACUAGCCUAGAAUUCAACUCCCUUCACAGCGCGAAAGGUGCAAUCAUGAAAAUACGACUUCUGACGCUAUGGAUCGCCCGUAGCCCACAGCGCCGCCAAGAUUGGAAAGAAAACUCGACGUAUAUCAUGAUUCAAGAUGCCCUUCGGCUACAAACUGAGCUGGGGCAGUAUGUACGGAUACAUCCAGAACUUCAGGCCCUCCAGCUUACCGAUGACGACUGGUCGACACUUCAGCAAGUAGCCAAGAUCCUCAAGCCGUUCUGGGACCACACAAACUCCGUUUCAAAGGCAUGCCCAACAAUUGUGGAAAGUCUACCGAUUUACUGGAGUCUGGACAAUUUGUUAAAUGACGUUCGAAAUGCGGAGGGGGAUUUUGAAGACGUGAACAUUGAGAUUCGCGAUGCGGUGGAAAGAGGCAUUCGGAAGAUGAACAGGUUUGCUAGAAAAAUGGACGACAACCUUCUUUACUAUGUGGCUUCCGUGUUGGAUCCACGCAUCAAAUCGUCUCUGAUUGUGUCUCAAAUGAGCGAGCAAGAUUCGGGGCUUAUCGUCUCGCAAGUGCGGGAAUUUCUUAAGAAAGAAUCCCCCCAGACGGGGAUGUCGGAAACGAUGUGGAGUACUCUGCAGAAAGUCCAGCCAUCCAAAGAGGCAUCUUUGUCGGAUAUUGAUAAGUAUUUGGAUUCCCCGCCGGUCAACUGGUCCCACCACAUGAUCGACGAUGCGGACGCAGAAUGGGUCCUAAAGUGGUUGAAGGCUAACGCGUUUAAUUUUCCACUCAUGGCAAAAGCCGCUCGCGAUUAUCUACCCAUCCCUUCGGCAGAGGUCGGGAUUGAACGCGAGUUCAGUAAUGCUCGAGAUGUCUUGGGCUUCCGAAGGCACCGUCUGAGCGCGGAGACUAGGCGAUGGCUGAUGCUAUUGAGAGGAAAGUCCUGA